UUCUCUUUGUAUUUCCAUCCUUAUCACAAUUUCUUCUCCUUGUGCGUCAUUAUUUUAAUUUCAAUUGGAGCAUCCCCAUUCUUCUUGUAAUAAAAAAGCCGUUUGGUUAAAGAAAGAAAGAGAACAUUGUGAGAUUCAUUAUACAAAAAAAACUAUUAACGUUGGGUCAUUUAUCUUCACCAGCCGCAGAAAUAUCGAAGAAGAUGCAGAGGCUUUUCGCAGCGAGAUCGGUUCUUGGUAACGCCGUCAAGACGCGGAGGAGACGGCACUUGUCGUCUCUCUCUUCUUCUCUCCUCUUCGACGAAACUCAGCUUCAGUUUAAAGAAAGUGUGUCCAAGUUUGCACAAGAUGUUAUCGCUCCUCAUGCCGAAAGAAUAGAUAAAACAAAUUCAUUUCCAAAGGAUGUAAACUUAUGGAAGCUAAUGGGUGAGUUCAAUCUCCAUGGAAUCACAGCGCCAGAGGAAUACGGAGGUCUAGGUCUCGGUUACUUGUAUCAUUGUAUAGCAAUGGAAGAAAUCAGUCGGGCCUCGGGCUCAGUUGCUCUCUCUUACGGUGCCCAUUCCAACCUUUGCAUCAAUCAAUUGGUGCGGAAUGGAAAUACAUCACAAAAGCACAAAUAUUUGCCCAAGCUAACUAAUGCUUUUAUUGUUAUGAAGCUGAUCAGUGGAGAGCAUGUUGGUGCUCUUGCGAUGAGUGAACCCAAUGCCGGUUCGGAUGUUGUCAGCAUGAAAUGCAAGGCUGAUAAAGUUGAUGGUGGCUUUUUAAUAAAUGGCAACAAGAUGUGGUGCACUAAUGGUCCCUCUGCUGAAACACUGAUUGUGUACGCCAAAACUGAUACAAAAGCAGGCUCUAAAGGAAUCACAGCUUUCGUUAUAGAGAAGGAAAUGGCCGGAUUCAGUACUGCUCAGAAAUUGGACAAGCUGGGAAUGCGGGGAAGCGACACGUGUGAGCUUGUUUUUGAGAAUUGCUUUGUUCCAGAAGAAAACAUUCUUGGCAAGGAAGGAAAAGGAGUGUAUGUUUUGAUGUCAGGUCUUGAUUUGGAGAGACUUGUUUUAGCAGCUGGGCCCUUAGGGAUCAUGCAGGCAUGCCUCGACAUUGUACUUCCCUAUAUUCGCCAGAGAGAACAGUUUGGUCGUCCAGUUGGGGAGUUCCAGUUUAUACAGGGGAAAGUUGCUGACAUGUACACUGCAUUACAAUCUUCAAGGUCAUACGUCUACUCUGUUGCAAGGGAGUGUGACAAUGGGAAAGUUGACCCAAAGGAUUGUGCCGGAACUAUUCUUUGUGCAGCAGAAAGAGCAACGCAGGUGGCUUUGCAGGCGAUACAAUGUUUAGGCGGAAAUGGAUACAUCAACGAAUAUGCAACGGGACGCCUUCUUAGAGAUGCAAAGCUAUAUGAAAUCGGUGCUGGUACAAGCGAGAUCAGAAGGAUGGUCAUUGGUCGCGAGCUUUUCAAAGAACAAUAGAGAUAACUUACUAGUCUCUUUUCAUCUUUGCCAAAGAUGGUAACAACGUGACAUUUUGUCACUCUGUAUAAGUGUAUAAUUUACAAUGUCCUCAGUAGCCGCACAAUAAAAAGAGGGCUUCAAACAAUUCUUUCUAGAUACCAUCAUAUGCUUUUCACUCCCUAAUCAAUAUUACGCCUGGGCGUUCGGGUA